UGAUAAGUAUAGAUUGAUAUCGAAAAAAAUAAAUGGUUCUUAAACAAAGGCCUUUUGAGCAAAUGGAAGGAGUAUUCUCUUCUACCUUCUAUCUUUCUCUUUCCUUCUUCAUCAGUGUUCUGUUAUUCUUUAAGCUCGCAAGAAGAUCCAAACCAAAAACCAAUCUGAAUCUGCCACCAUCUCCACCAAAGCUCCCAUUCAUAGGCAAUCUGCAUCAGUUUGGGACACUGCCACAUCGAGCUCUUCGAGAUCUCUCUCUAAAAUAUGGAGAUAUAAUGAUGUUGCAGUUGGGGCAGAUGCAAAAUCCAACCCUCGUCGUUUCAUCUGUAGAUUUGGUCACCGAAAUAAUCAAAACACAUGACCUAGCCUUUUCGGACCGACCCCAAAACACUUCCUCUAAAAUCUUACUCUACGGAUGCACAGAUGUUGGCUUCUCACUCUAUGGAGAAAACUGGAGACUGAAAAGAAAAAUAUGUGUUCUUCAACUUUUGACCACCAAAAGGGUGCAAUCAUUUCGAGUCAUCAGAGAAGAAGAAGGUGGGGAGUUGGUGAAAAAGCUACGUGAAGCAAGCUCGAACGAUGCCAGUUACGUAAAUCUAAGUGAGAUGAUUAUGUCAACAACAAAUAGUAUCGUGUGUAAAUGUGCUCUUGGAAGGAAGUUUGCAGGAGAUGGUUACAGCAGAGUGAUAGUGUUGGCAAGGGAAGCCUUGAUUCAUAUUGCAGCUUUCACCGUUAGAGAUUACUUCCCUUGGUUGGGUUGGGUUGAUGUUGUUACUGGAAAAAUUCAGAAAUACAAGGCCACAGCUGCAGCAAUGGAUGCUUUAUUUGAAGAGGUGAUUGCAGAACGUAUGAGGCUUAGAAGAGAAGGUGAACACUCCAAAAUGAAAGAUUUCUUGGAUAUUCUCCUCAACCAUCACGAGGACAACACGCUAGGAUACGAGUUCACCAAAAAUGACAUCAAAUCACUGAUAACGGACAUGUUUCUGGGAGGUACCGACACAACUGCAGCCACAUUAGAAUGGGCCAUGUCAGAACUUAUGAGGAACCCAACCACAAUGAAAAAAGUGCAAGAAGAAGUGAGGAGAGUAGUAGGUCAUAAAUCAAAGGUGGAAGAGAAUGAUGUCAAUGAAAUGCGAUUUCUAAACUGUGUAGUCAAAGAAACUAUAAGGUUGCACCCUGCAACUCCUCUUUUGGCUCCUCGAGUAACAAUGUCUGAUGUAAAACUAAAUGGAUACGAUAUUCCUGCAAAAACAACGGUAUAUAUCAAUGCAUGGGCAAUGCAAAUGGAUCCUAAACUUUGGGAUCGUCCUGAAGAGUUUCUGCCAGAGAGAUUUGAAAACAGUGAUUUUGAUUUCAAAAACCAAGAAAACUUUCACUUUAUUCCAUUUGGUUUUGGAAGAAGAGGAUGUCCUGGAAUGAGUUUUGGAAUCAGUUCAAUUGAGUAUGUGCUUGCUAAUCUUCUUUGUUGGUUCGACUGGAAGUUGCCUGAAACUGGUACUGCUACACUAGACAUGACCGAGAUAUUUGGACUUGUUGUCUCAAAGAAACUACCACUUCUCCUUAAACCAAAACCUUUUCAUCUUGAGUAAAUUUCUAUAUAUGUUCUCUUUUUGUUAUAUUGUGACACCCUAUCUGUACUUGUUUUUCUAGUUGGAUAAGUAUAUGUUGUUAUAUAAAUAUUAGACUUAAUUAUUAUUUUCA